AAUAUGAUAAAUUAUAAUACUUAUUUAAGUAGUAGGUAUACCUACUUACCGUCAUUCGUCUUUAUACCUACAAGCACGAUGUAGGGAAGAUAUCUUCUCUACUUCGUGCCCACGAAUAAAUGUUCUUCUCGUCGCAAACAGCGACGCCUAAACUGGUUAUUUUACUAAAUAGACCGAAACUGAAAUACUCGAUGUCGUACUGCCCGUCCAUGUCUAGGCCGUUGGACUUUAGCGUAAAAGGUCCCGUGCCGAUUUACAUACACAAAAAACAGAAAGUUCUGACCGGUUGUUCGUACAUCGAACUCAAGUUGCAAAAACACUCAAAGGUGGGCGAAAUAACGUUCAGAAACUAUUACACAGCCAGCGUGAGCGUGCUACUGUUAAAAUCGAAUACACUGCAAGGACCGCCGAUGGGAUCGAGAAACUGGGAGGUGGGCAUCAAGAACCGAACUCUGAUGAACCAACCACACUGCGAGAACGGAGCCCAAGACUAUUUCUCGCUGUUUUCCACCGAGGCGUGGAACAACGUUUCAAAGCUUAAAAUCAUACUCAGACAACCGUCGCCAAUGUGCAAGACAUUCCACUUGGAAGAAAUCAAGCUGUAUGCCGACGUGCCCAGGUUUGGCCGGCCAUUUUUUGAGCAAAAACUACCACCUUAUCUGAUUCAUAACACCACGGCAGCCAUUUCGUGGAGACCAAGUACAAAGACCUACAAUGAAAUGCAAUUUGCGCAUAGACCCGAUACAAAUAAUAAGACUCAAUGUUUUGGUUAUGUAGUUGAACAAGUGCCAAACAAUUAUGACAGUUCAAAAAUAAUGUAAGUUGGGAACCUUAAUAAAAAGAUUCUCGUCAUCUAACAAAAUAACCAUAAAUACCUACAUUAUUUAUACAAGAACAACAAUAAUAAAAACUUACUCUCUUCAUUUAUUGCAAAAGUUUAUUAUUAUGAGAUAAUAAUAAUGAUGAUUGUACAUUUUCAAUUAUUACAGAAAAAAAAAAUAUAUAUAUAUAUAUUAUAUAAACUUAUGUAUUAUAAUAAGAAUUUCUAUGAUAUAUGACUAAAUUAUUACAAGUAAAAAGAUUGUAUAAUAAUAAAUUACGAUCUUAUAUCAUCUUUAAAAUAUAGCUCUUUUUUAGAUACAAUAAGACACAUCAGAAUUUUUGUAUAACACCCCAAACUAAAAUAAGUUGAAGAGUAUUUUCUAAUUAUAUAAUUUUUUUUGUAAUAAUUUAACACACAAAAAAAAAUUCACAAGAACAGAUUAAAAAAUCAUUGAUUUUUAUGGCUCUUCAAAAUACAUUUUUGAGAUUAAAAAUCCCUCAGACUUGCAAUUAAAUUCGUCAAUAAUUUAAUAAAAAUUGCUUACACGAUCAUCAAAUGAGCUUUAAGAUGUAUCACAGGUUUAUCACUUGACAUAAAAUAAUCUGUUGUAUUUUGUUAAAAUUAAAAUUCUAACAUUGUAACAGUUGAUUAGAAGAAGAUUGGAUUUCAAAUAAAUAGAUAUGUAUAAA